AUGGAUCCCUCAGCGACGAGUUUGCCACCGCAGCUGCAAGCAGAACAAGACGCACCCAGAGAGCCGUUCAAAAGCCACUGCAGUAGCAGCGACAGCAGUAGCAGCAGCGGCAGCCCGCACAGCAGCAGCAGCAGCAGCAGCAGCAGCAGCAGCAACCUCGCGUGGCAGCAGCAAGCCCGCAAGUGUGUGCAGCAGGACUUGGCCUUAAAGGGUUUUAUCCUCAAAGAUGGAACUUCUUUCGGAGCGGAUUUUCUCUCUUACGUUGGAGACCCCCAGGAGUCCCACGCGUCCUUUCUGGUGUACGUACACCCCAUGCCCAGCAGCAGCAGCAGCAGCAGUAGUAGUAGUAGCAGCAGCAGCAGCGUGAACUGCCGCAUUGAAAGUGGAGAGCUGCGGGAAUCCAGUGGGCACAGCAAGUUGCUGAGGCUGGAGGCUCCGCCGCCGCCGCAGACGACAGAGGGGGAAGAUGAGUGCGGGGGCCCCCCAGAACAAGUGGGGUUUUCUGUGCCUGUGCGGCUAACUGGGCUGCGGCUGAGGGCCCCCAAAGGGUCCGUUGCUUCUGGAGAGGCCCCUCGCCGUCUUCGUCUUUUUUUCAAUGACCCAACCAAGUCCUUCUCCGACGCAGAGACAGACCCAGCGACGGAUGAGUUUGACCUGCCGGAGGACGAAAGCAUUGAAGACGGCCGCUUGCUUCCUCUAAAAUCUGUCCGCUACAACGGCGUGGCUUCUUUGCAGAUAUUUAUAGAGGACAACCGGGGGGCCCCCACGACGAAAAUAGCUCAAGUGGAUUUCUUUGGAACUCCUGUAGACAGUUUGCAGAUGAAGGACUGGAAGCCCUUGAAGCCGGAGGAGGCCCUCGCCCAGAACGACACUUGA